UCGGAGCACCUCAGCGACGAGGAGAUGGGCCACCUCGAGGAGCAGUUCAACGCCAUGGACCUCGACGGGUCCGGCGCGAUCGACGUCGGCGAGCUCAAGCUGCUCGUGAAGACGCUCACGGGCGACGUGCUCAGCGACGGGCGCGCGCGGGGCCUCAUGCACGAGGUCGACAUGGACCGCAGCGGCCAGAUGGACUACGACGAGUUCGUGCUCGCCAUGAUC